CUUCAAUACAACAUUAAUAAGAGAAACCCUUUUCGAAAACAGUGAUCUUAAGUAAGAACAAAUAAUGGAUCUUAAGUCCCAACAAUAAAGUUAAAAUGUAAAAAGAUCAACAAUACCACACGGUUUCCUCAAGUCACGCUACAUGACUUAAGUGUUAUAUCAGCAAAACAAAAACACAAACCUUCAUUUUUCCAACUUCUCAAAACACGAAAUUUUCUCUUCCAGGUGAGAUUUUCAUCAUUCUUGCGGCAUUCAAAGUCAUUUUCUCUCACAAUAUCAAUUUGCACCUGUUGUUGACCUAGGGACCUGGAUAGUGAGUGAAUCAAAUUAGUAAAUGACAUCGAGCUUACAGAAAAUCGAAGGGGACGAGUCCGUACUAUUGCGCGUUACUCAUUCUAAUCUCAAAUCUUUCAACCCCGACAUUCGCUUCUCCCUACAGCUCACAGUGGAAGCAGUCAAAGACAAGCUAUGGAAAAAAUGUGGUACUUCUGUCAACUCAAUGCACCUCGAACUCUACGACGAACUUCGCAAUAAAAUCGCCGAUCUCUCUGAUCAUUCCAAACUCCUUGGAUUCUAUUCUCCUUUUGAUGGGUUUCGUUUGCACGUCGUUGAUCUUGAUCCAGCCUCUGUUACAUCGGGUGGAUGGUUGGAAGAUACUUCUUUGGUGGAGAAAUACGAAAUUUCUGAAGAAGCUUAUAAUAAGCGAGGAGCAGACACUUUCAGAAAAUAUAGGGAGAAAUUGACUUCGCAUGCUCCAUCGACUGUUGAGGCAAAGACACCAGACACCGACAUGGAAGACAUCUGUGCUAAUAUCAAGGUAGGAUCCAGAUGUGAAGUUGAACCUGGGGCAAAAAGAGGUGUUGUAAAAUUUGUUGGUCAGGCAGAACCACUGGGUCCUGGUUUCUGGGUUGGAGUUCAAUAUGAUGAACCCUUGGGCAAACAUGAUGGCAUGGUUAAAGGAGUACGUUACUUCCAAUGCCCUCCAUCUCACGGGGGAAUAGUUAGGCCGGAGAAAGUGAAGGUUGGUGACUUCCCUGAACGAGAUCCCUUUGAAGAGGAUGAAAUUUGAGUCUUAAUAAGGAAGCUGCUUUUAGGCCUGCUGGAGUUUUCUUUAUAGUUUUUUCUGUUGUAGAAUUCCAACAUUAAUUUGGCAAACUUUUUUAUUGGCCUUUCAAGGCAAUGGGUUUAUGUAGUCAAAGAUAGUUCAACUGCGGUUUUCAACUGUUUGUAUUUGUAUUGUUACCUUGUGUAGAAAAAAAAAAAAAAAAAAAAAAAAAAAAA